CGAGAACCACAAACUGACUGUUUCAUGGAAGCCCUCUAUCUUUUGGGCUCAAUCCUCUACACAUUCCUCACUUCCAUCACUCUCUCCCUCUUCAUUCCACUCCGCUACCUCUUCACGCUCCUCCGCUCCUCAAAGUCUGCGAAGAAUGACUUGGAGGCGGUCUCCCUCUACGAAGGCACCGUCUGGCACGAGCGCCGCCGGCCUGUCCGUCACUCUUUCCGGUACGCCGUCCGAUACGCUCUCUUCGACCUUGAUCGCGCUCCCAAUGUGCCACCAGAUCACCUCUCCGCCGACGACGCUCGCCGGAUGGCAGACACCUCUGGGCCAGUUCUUCUCCUGACGGUACCUCCUAGUUUGGGGUAUGAGCAAAACCCACUGAGUUUGUAUUACUGCUACAAUCUGGAAGGCUCAAUUCAGCAUUUAAAGAAGUGCAUUGCUGAGGUGACUAAUACACCAUGGGGAGAAAGAGUCACAUUUCUUUUCAAUCCAGACUCUGAUUUAGUGGCCAAAUCGUUACAUGUUAGUCCUUUCAUGGAUAUGCAUGGGAGUUGGAGAAUGAGAGCCACUGCUCCGGGAGAUAAUCUAUUUGUGUCAAUCUCAGUUCAACACCCCAGCCUUGGUGACUAUUUUGUGGCUACCUUGAGAGCGAAAAGAGUCCCCUCAUCUUUGACUUCUGACCAUACCAUUUUCUUUUACCUGAUGCCUCAUAAGGUUGCUUUGUGGAUUUAUUGGCAUGCUUUUAAGCUAUGGUGGAACAAUGUUGCAUUUAUCCAACACCCAAGGUAUACCAACACUGCCUAUAGGGAGGAGGCUUUUGCACGUGAUAGAGACCUUAAAUGUUGCCAGGCAUUUUCUGGGGAAAAAGAUCAGCACCUACAAGCUAAAUGUGAUACUGGCUGUCUGGCUGAUGGUAGUGUUUGGAAUCGCCAGUUCAGAUGGAGAGAUGCCAAUUGGCCAUGGUGUUAAAUUUUCCUACGAAGUGAUAAAAUCAAUGCCAGGCAGCAGGCAACAUGCAACUUUGUUAUCAGAAUACGACAAUCAAACUGGGGCCAAUUGAUUGUAUCUUCCACUUUAGGGGCCAGUUCGUGUUACCUCCCAUUGGUAUGCCAUAUCGCCAUCUCCGGUACUUACUGGGGUUCGGUGGAUUGAACAAAGCAUCUGUCUGUCUGACAUAUAUUUUACUUAUCAGAUGAUAUUCUUUAAACAAGUGAAAUAAGACUUUGUUUUGAAAAUGCGUGUAAAGAACACAUACAUUUUACUUCUUGUUUUGACAAGUAUUUGCAGUUCUUACUAAAGAAAAGAUCCUCGGCAGAAAUUAAAAGCUAGAAGCUUGAC